AUGAAUGCAAAACUUUUGGAAAUUGAACCCCUGGAACUCAAAUUCACUUUUGAAUUGAAGAAGCAAAGCUCAUGCCCUGUUCGAUUAGUCAAUAAGACCAACAAUUAUGUGGCUUUCAAGGUUAAAACUACAAAUCCAAAGAAAUAUUGUGUGCGGCCAAAUGUAGGCAUUAUUAAGCCAAAAUCAACAUGUGAUUUUGUAGUGAAUGAGUGGGGGCUAAAAAUUACUCCAGGCCACCUUUACCCAUUUCUAAGCGGAUAUGGGUACAUGGACUUAGAUGAUGUUUUGGCUGGCAGCAUGAGGCAUUCAAAUCUUGCUGUUGAUAUACUACAAGGUGAUGUUCUGAUUGAUUAUGCGCAUUCCCUCAAUUCUGGUAGUUUUAUUGAGAUAUGCGAGGUUGCUGAUUUGCUAGUGGAGGAACUGGCUUUGUUGCUGCCCUUGAUUCAACAUCUCAACAAUUUUUGUGCAUCGGUCAACUCGGCGUUGGGGUCGAUGAAGACAGAUGACAAUGACAAUGACAAUGAAGAAGCUGAUGAGAAAGGCAAAACUCGAGCCAUAGAACACCAAAGGGUGAAAUCUAUAAUAGGGAAGAUGUCGAGUCCUCCCUUGGCUCUCUUAGGUCUACAGAGAGUGACUAGGUUGGUCACAAUGGAUAACAGGUUGGUCACAAUGGAUAACAGAGGAAGACAUCCUUGUAAUUGGUGGAACACUAAGGCUGCUGGUAGGUGCAUUUCAGAUAAGGCCGCAUUCUGCUUAGUUGGUGUUGAUGCAUUGACAGAGGCUAUAUUUUUGUUUGUUCUGUCUACAUGUGUCAAUUCCUUGUGUCAAUCCAUCACUGCUUCUGCAUUUUUGAUGUUCCCUCCAACUGUGAUAAGCGCCCAGUGGUUCAAGCUGGUUUGUUUGUAUUGUAACCUCCAAAUCUACUGUAGUCAGCCUCACGUGAUGGUGUGCCUAACUGGCAAGUCUACCAUUUACAAGACUUUCGUUUUUCGAGAUGCUCCAGAAGCCUUCAAGUAUUGGUCUUUAGUUGGGCUGGCUCCAAGGCUAUACUUGCUUUUCAUUAAUUUCUCCGAGGGCCAUUCCAUUUUAUACUUGAUAUCAAUUUCCUUGAAGAAAUUUAAUCUUGGUAGAAAGACAGCAAUAAAAUGUGAGACAGAUGUUGCAAUGCAAGCACCGAAGUCAGUUCCACCUGAUGUGUUAUGCAAAGACAAGUUCUUGGUUCAGAGUACAGUUGUCCCUGUGGGGACCGCUGACGAGGAUAUUACAUCAAGCACAUUUGAUAAAGCUACUGACAAAUAUGUUCAAGAGAACAAGCUGAGGGUGAUCCUUGUCAGCCCUCCUCAUUCCCCGGUACUAUCACCAAUGAAUGGAACAUUAAAGCAGGAGCCAGCUAAUGAAGCUUCAGUACUGUCAGAUCAAGUUUGUAGUACAGUAGAAAACCUCAGCCCAUGUCACACAGGUGCGGAGGAGUCCGAAGAUGAAAGUGGUGAGGAGGUAAAGCCAGCAACAGAUGUAGAACUCAAAGCAAUGAAGGAUGCGGGGGAGCUGAAGUUGGUUAAAGAUGUUGAGGAGAUUAAGUCAAACCUAAAUACACUCGAGAUAAAGCUAACCAAGGCUGAAGCAACCAUUUUGAAGCUAACUGAAGAGAGAAGAUCGACUGCUCAAGAGGGAGAAAUUUUACGGCAAGAAUUGGCACUGCUGAGAAGUAAGCGGAUUGUUAGAACAGUUCAGAAGGGAUUCCCUUUCCUCUUUGUUUGUAUGGUGGCACUCAUCAGUCUCAUGCUUGGACACAUGUUGCACCCAUAA